AAAUCGCAGACCAUGAGGGUCAGGUGGAACCAUUCCAAGUUAUUGCUGUUCUGGCUAACAGUUUUAGCUGUCUUGGCCUUUGAAGCGGAGGCCAGGAAGCGUGUUAGGAUUGGAUUGCACAAGAAUCCUGAACCAAUUGAGGACAACAUAAAGAACGAAUUGAAGACCCUUUCCAUCAAACACAAGUUGAAGGUUGAUGAUACAAAAGCUACUACGAAAACGGAUACCAAGGACCCAGGAUCUAAAGUCGCAACGCUGAAAAAUCUGUAUAACACGGAGUACUACACUACAUUAGGAUUCGGAAAUCCGCCUCAGGAUUUGAAAGUGCUGAUCGACACGGGUUCGGCGAAUCUCUGGGUGCUGUCAUCCAAGUGUCCAGACUCGGUUGCACCCUGUGCCAAUCGCAUAAAGUACAACUCAAGUGCUUCGACAACCUACAGGGCUAUCAAUACCGAAUUCAAUAUUGCAUACGGUUCCAAUUCAGAGGAAGGACCCAUUGCACUCUCCGGCUUUCAGUCCCAGGACACGGUGAACUUCGCCGGAUACUCCAUUAAAAAUCAGAUCUUCGCCGAAAUCACCAAUGCACCAGAGACCGCAUUUCUGAAGUCCCAACUCGAUGGAAUUUUAGGAUUGGGGUUCGCAAGCAUAGCCAUUAAUAGUAUCACCCCACCCUUCUACAACUUAAUGGCCCAAGGUCUAGUAAACCGGUCUGUGUUUUCGAUCUACUUGAAUAGAAAUGGCACAAAUUCCAUUAACGGUGGGGAGCUGAUCCUGGGAGGAUCGGAUUCGGGUCUCUACAGCGGCUGUUUGACCUAUGUGCCUGUUUCCAACGCAGGAUACUGGCAGUUUACAAUGACUAGUGCCAAUGUGAAUGGGUUUCAGUUUUGUGAGAACUGCGAGGCCAUACUCGAUGUAGGCACUUCCCUAAUUGUUGUGCCAGAGCAAGUCCUAGAUACCAUCAACCAAAUAUUGAGAGUUCUCAACCCGACGGCUUCGAAUGGAGUCUUUUUAGUGGAUUGCUCCUCGAUCGGCGAUCUUCCUGACAUUGUCUUCACCAUUGCGCGCAGGAAGUUCCCCUUGAAGUCCAGCGACUAUGUGCUCCGAUACGGAAACACUUGUGUCUCGGGAUUCACCAGCAUGAACGGCAACUCCUUGUUGAUUCUGGGCGAGAUCUUCCUGGGCGCCUACUAUACGACCUACGAUAUUGUCUACAAACUAAUUGGACUGGCACCAGCAAUUCAUUAGGUCGUUCAAACUAUCAAUUCAAACAAGUUCUUUAACAAUUGUAUUCUUUGCAUUACUUACCCACAUUAAUAA